AAAUAAAAACCCCUUCGAGACUCGACGAUUUCAUUCCGUGCCGCCUUCCCCAUCGCCUCUUUUUCGUUGUCUCUCUCCCUCGUUCGAAUCGCUCCUGGACCGUCCGAUCCGCCUUAUCUAUCCCCAUCGCCGUCUGCCUCGGCCUCCCCUUCCCUUCCCGCGCGCGAACCAUAAGGAAUGCCGCCGAGCUCCGAAGGCAGCGACCUCGCCGACCGCGAGCUCUACUCCAUCCCCUCCUCUGCGAGUUGGUUCCGGUGGGAUGACAUCGACGACACGGAGCGGCGGUGUUUGCCGGAGUUCUUCGACGGCUCCUCUACCUCACGGAACCCUAGAGUCUACAAGGAGUACCGCGAUUUCAUCAUCAGCAAGUACCGGGAGGACCCCACCAAGUGCAUUACCUUCACCGAGAUCCGAAAGUCUAUGAUCGGCGAUGUCGGGUAUCUCCACAAGGUGUUCUUGUUCCUGGAGAAGUGGGGAUUGAUCAAUUUUGGGGUGAAGGUGCCGAAGACAUCAGUGGAGGAUGCUGGGCCGAAGGUUGUGGUGGAGGAAGGGCCGCCGGCGGAUGUGCAGGUGGUGCCAGCAUGCAUACCGCAGAGGAAGCUGGUGGGAAUGGCGUCGUCUGUGGGUGGAGAGAAUGGAUUCAAGUUGCCCCCAUUGACGUCGUACUCAGAUGUAUUUGGAGAUUGGUUGCCAAAGAGGGGACUGGUGUGUGGAAUAUGUGGGGAUCAGUCCGCUGCUGGAGGAUAUGAGUCGUUACAGGAUGGAGUGAUGGUAUGUUCAAAAUGUUCUAAAAAUAAUAGUCAGGCUGAUGGUAGAACAACAGAGGACUCAAAUCAUCAGGUGGAUGAUGAUGCUAAGGCAGAAGGUAGUGCUAACAAUGUAAUUAGUGCAUGGACAGAUGCAGAGACACUACUCCUUCUAGAAGCUGUCCUAAAGCAUGGAGAUGACUGGGCUCUUAUUGCUCAGCAUGUACGAACCAAGAGUAAGCUUGAUUGUAUUGCAAGGCUUAUACAACUGCCUUUUGGUGAGCAUAUUCUGGGCUCAAUUAAUGGUACAUGUGCUAAUAGUAACUUGAUAACUCAAGCGACUGAUGUCAAAAAGCAAUCCUUAAUAAAUGAGCCACCACAAGAGCUUAUCAAAACAGAUUUGCACAUCCAAACCGAUGAGAGAGAUCUUGUGGAAGAACCUAUGGCAGAACGUCCUCUAAAGAGAAGAUGCUUGCCGUCCUUUGUACAUGUUGCAGAUUCACUAAUAAAGCAGGUAGCUGGCUUUUCUACUGUUGCUGGCGCACAGAUUGCUACUGCAGCAGCAGAUGCAGCUAUUGUGGCACUGUGCAGCGAAAAUAUAUCUGCAAGGAAGCACAUUUCGAUCAAUAAGUAUGGGGAAAAUGAUUUACUUUAUACUAACAAUGAUCAUAACAGUCAUUUCAGUGGAUUGAAGAUUGAAGAUCAGGAUAUGGAGUUGCAUAAACAGACAGUUGUCUCAGAGAAGAGCUUAAGUGCUACAGCAUUUCAAGUAAGGGCUGCCAUUGCAACUGCACUGGGGGUAGUAGCUGCUCGUGCCAAGCUACUAGCUGAUCAAGAAGAGAGGGAAAUAGAACUUCUGAUGGCAUCCAUUAUUGAAGUGCAGCUGAGAAAGACACAAUGCAAGAUCAAACAUUUUGAAGAGUUGGAGUCCAUGAUGGAGCAUGAGUACACACUAUUGCAAAAGGUGAAGGAAUCUACUCUUGAGGAGUGGGUUACGGUGCUCCAGCAGGCGUUUCAGGCAGGGAUCCCAAGAUGGAGCGAUGAUGAAUUGCCCAAACCUUUCGCCACCAUGUAAUAUCAUCGUCCUAUGCCUUACACUUGAUAGGUAAUUUAUAUGUUGUGGAUAAACCAGUGAUGCUAGUGUGAUGAAAGUGUUCCUCUUCUUCUA